AUGGCACCAUCAGCCCUACCAAAUCUCGACAAUACCUCUUCCGACUCCUCACAUCGUCCCAAGAUUCUCAUUCCAGAAAAAGUAUCAGUCGAUGGUCUUGCCCUCUUAGGUAAUACAUUUGAAAUCCAUCAACCUAAAACCCUAUCACCUACAGAUCUUUUAGAAGUAAUUCCUCACUACUCUGCUCUCAUCAUUCGCUCAGAAACAAAAGUUACAGCUGAGAUUCUCGCUGCUGCGAAAAAUCUCAAGGUCGUAGCGAGAGCAGGAGUAGGUGUGGAUAAUAUCGAUGUAGAAGCUGCGACGAAAAAUGGAAUCAUCGUGGUUAAUUCCCCGAGUGGAAAUAUUGCGGCGGCGGCAGAACAUACGAUUGCACUUUUGAUGGCGGUGGCGAGGAACGUACCGGCUGGGGAUAGGUCGUUGAGGAACGGAGGGUGGGAGAGAGGAAAACUUGUAGGGACAGAAGUGGGAGGGAAGAUAUUGGGGGUCGUGGGACUGGGAAAGGUGGGAUUGAAAGUUGCGCGCAUGGCGGUGGGGUUGGGGAUGAAGGUUUGGGCGUUGGAUCCGUAUGCUAGUCCGCAGAUUGCGGAGGCGAAUGACGUGCUUCUUGUGAAGGAAUUGGGGGAGUUACUGCCGGUGGUGGAUUUUUUGACGAUUCAUACCCCGCUUAUUGCUAGUACGUUGGAUUUAAUCGGGAAAGAAGAAUUGUCGAAGAUGAAGAAAACGGCAAAGGUACUCAAUGUAGCCAGAGGAGGUGUCUACAACGAACAAGCACUCCUCGAUGCUCUCGAUGCUGGUAUCAUCGCAGGAGCAGGUCUCGACGUCUUCACAUCCGAGCCUCCAACCCCUUCCUCCCCAGCUCAAAAACUCACUCAACAUCCUAAAGUCGUCGCAACUCCUCAUCUCGGCGCCUCGACGAUCGAAGCUCAAGAAUCGGUCUCGGUAGAUGUUUGCACACAAGUUCGUGCUAUUCUCUCUGGAGGACUCCCUACUUCUGCUGUCAAUGCACCUCUGAUUCUCCCUGAAGAAUACAAAAAACUGCAACCAUUUGUCAAGUUGAUGGAGAAAAUGGGAGGCUUGUACACCCAGCAUUAUCGUGGAAAGGGCGUAGGAGGAAAAAAAUUCGAAGUGAUUUAUGAAGGGGAACUCGCGGGGAUAGCGAACACGCGACCGCUUUUCGCGGCAUUGGUAAAGGGAUUGGUGGGAGUAUUAGUGAACGCGGUGGAAGAGAUGUGA